CCUGUGUUGCUGCUUCAUCUUCCAGCCCCUUCAUUCCAGCUCUGUCUCUUCCGCUCACCCAUCCGACGAAGCCUUUAUCAUCGCGGUUCAAACGGUUCAGUACCUUCGAUCAUUGCAGACGAUUAUUCUUUUUUCCAACAACCCGAGAUUCAGCAAGUAGCUGUGUAAAUACUUGCUCCAUUCACCAAGCCUCGCCAGCCCUACUGCAUCACCUCGCACACCACAACAUCCGCAGCGAUGGGCGACUUUAAUAAUUAUGGCGGAACCGAUGAGGAGAAUUCGGAGAUUGCCCGCCUCACUGCCGACGUCGAAGCCGACACGGACAACUUUGAGAACUGGGAGAAGUUGAUCCGCGCAUGUGAGAGCCUUGACGGCGGUCUCAACCGGAAUUCCAGUCCCCAAGCACUAGCUACACUUCGCAACUCUUACGACCGCUUCCUUCUCAAAUUCCCCCUCCUGUUUGGCUACUGGAAGAAGUACGCCGACCUCGAGUUCAACAUCGCUGGGCCCGAAUCGGCCGAGAUUGUCUACGAGAGAGGUUGCGCCAGCAUCACCAACUCGGUUGACCUCUGGACCGAAUAUUGCUCUUUCAAGAUGGAAACGACCCACAUCCCCCACCUUGUAAGAGAGCUUUUUGAGAGGGCGGCUACACACAUUGGUUUAGACUUUUUGUCGCACCCCUUUUGGGAUAAGUAUCUGGAGUAUGAAACCAGACAAGAGGCGCACGACAAGAUCUUUGACAUCCUCAAGCGUGUCAUUCACAUCCCGAUGCACCAGUACGCCCGCUACUACGAGCGAUUCCGCCAACUUGCUCAUACCCAGCCUCUCGAGGAGCUAGUUUCAGCAGAGGAGCUGGCCCGCUAUCGUGCAGAAGUUGAGGGCGAAGCCGUUCACCUCGGUUUGCAGAAGACUGAGCUGGAGGUCGAACGGGAUAUCAGGGGCAAGAUCGACCAGUUCUUCUACUUGACUUUCCAGAACACUCAAACCGAGACAACAAAGCGGUGGACAUACGAAGCCGAAAUCAAGCGGCCAUACUUUCACGUCACGGAGCUCGACCACUCACAGCUGGCCAACUGGCGCAAGUAUCUCGAUUUUGAAGAGGCCGAGGGAGAUUACAACAGAAUCGUCGUGCUGUAUGAGAGAUGUAUGGUUACCUGCGCUCUUUAUGACGAGAUGUGGUUCCGGUAUGCGCGCUGGAUGGCUGGGCAGGAGGGCAAGGGAGAAGAGGUUAGGAACAUCUACCUUCGCGCCGCUACGCUCUUCGUACCUAUCAGCCGACCUGGUAUCCGACUGCAGUUUGCGUAUUUCGAGGAAGUGAACGACAGAGUCGAUAGAGCGCGGGCCAUUCAUGAAGCUGUGCUGGACAUACUGCCAGACAGCGUCGAGACGAUCGUUUCGUGGGCUAAUCUGGAACGUCGCCAGGCUGGGUUGGACGCCGCGAUAGAGGUGUUGAGGGCUCAAAUCGCCUCGCCUACCGUGAGCAUCUACACCAAGGCAGCCUGUGUCACGGAGUGGGCUACUUUGCUUUGGAAGGUUAAAGGAUCCGUUGACGAAGCUCGUGCUGCCUUUUCCAAGGACGCUGACGCCUAUGCCGACAGUCGACAUUUCUGGCAACAGUGGUUUGACUUUGAGCUCCAGCAGCCCACCAACAGCGAGAUGGAGACCAAGCACUUGGAGCUUGUCAAGAGGGUGUUCACCCAGAUGUGCACCAAGAGCCGUCUCUCCCUCGGUAUCAAACAGGAGCUUGGUCGUAUUUACAUGAACUACCUGCAAAAUCGCGGAGGCAAGGAAGCCAUGAAGGAUUUCCUUGAUGUCGAUCGACAGAUGUUUGGGCCUCGCUCAGUAUCGUUGGCUGCCAAGGCAAAGGACGGCAAGGAAAAUGGCGUGGUCCCCGAGUUGGACCCUACAAGUCGUCUAAAGGCCGAGGGCCGCUUUUACAACUACUAUGAACUACACGCGGAUCCGGAUGAGAAUGCCCAAGGACUGGCGGAUUUCAACUAAAGAAGGGCGUCGUGACAGCAAGAGUAAUUUCAGAUAAUUCACAUUAUGCAGUUCUUGGGCGGCGGUUUUUUUUGGAUGAUCCAGCCGGCCGAAAUGUGCCCUUGGUUGGCGUGCUCAGGCUGUCAUUUCAUGAUUUAUUGCGAAUAUUUUGACGGAUAGAGUCCAAAGGUUGUCUCUAUGGAAAAGCAGGUAUGGUAAUUCGGGUCCUAGUUUCUCUCACAGUUGUCUCGCCUUUAGGUUGCCCUGACGGGGGGACUUGUAUGUAGUUUAUAUAAAUAACAAUAUUUCAACCAUGCCUUCAUAUGCCUGCC